UGACUCAGUAGAACCCCGUCCACAACUUCCCCAAUCGGCCGUUACGAGAGAUGGGGAGGCGCCGCCGGUUCACGCAGCAGCCCACCAGCGACGAUGACGACGACGACAGAGCCGCCCCACAGGUGCCUAAAGCCACCAAGCCCGCAGCCCCUGCCUCCUCGGGAACCAAGAAACAGCAGCGUCAUAUUGCCGACGAGGACGAUGACGAGGAUGACCUGGAACUCGAGGAGGAGGAGGAGGAUGAGAAGGACCUGGAGGAGAUGAGGAGGAACGAGGAGGAGGAGAGGAGGGAGGAGACGCAGACGCGCCGCCGCCGGGGCCGCAAGCCCAAGCGCCCAGCCGAGGAGAGCGAAGAAGAGGCGGAAUCGGAGGAGGAGGAGGCUCGCGAGGAGGAAAGCACGGAGGCGGUACCCAUCGGGGAGCCUGUGAAGGUGACCGGCAAGGGGAAGAAGCAGCGGAAGCACUACUACUCCUUCGAGUACGAGGGCAACACCUUCGAGCUUGAGGACCCAGUGCUUCUCACGCCAGAGCAACAGAACGAGAAGCCCUAUGUCGCCAUCAUCAAGGAUAUAACAGAAAAUGAUGGGAGCUUAUCGGUAACCGGUCAAUGGUUUUAUAGGCCAGAAGAAGCUGACAAAAAGGGUGGUGGGAACUGGAUAGCAAGUGACACAAGGGAGCUAUUUUAUAGUUUUCAUAUUGAUGAUGUGCCAGCAGAGUCAGUUAUGCACAAAUGUGUGGUCCAUUUCAUUCCUCUGAACAAGAAGAUUCCAAGUCGAAAGGAACACCCUGGAUUCAUUGUCCAAAAAGUGUAUGACACAGUUGCGAAGAAAUUGUGGAACUUAACAGAUAAAGAUUACGAGGAUAACAAGCAACACGAAAUUGAUCUCCUUGUAAAGAAAACAGUGGACCGUAUAGGGGAGCUUCCAGACCGUGAACCUACACCUACAGAUAUACCUGGUGAGAGUGCUGAUCAGUUCUCAAAUAAAAGAGGCCUACGAAAGAGACCUCUGAACCCUAUAGAUGUCUCGAGAGAUGCAACAGGCAAACCUGAGCAAUUCGUAAAAGCAGAUACGCCUGGUAGUGAUAAUCUGAAGCACUACGCAAUCCUUGCCAAAUAUAAAGUAGUUACUGCUGACACCUAUCGUGAUAGGUGGCUUGAUAAAUUAGUAGACACUAUUCCGUUAACAUCAAAGGAAGGUGCUGAGACUUCUCAUGUUGAUCCUGGUAGUGUGGCCAAAAUUUCAAAUAACGGUUCAUCUACAAGGGAUACUGGUUCUGGUGAUAAUGAAAAUUCUUAUCCACCAGAUGUGGUUGUUUCAAUAAUGGCCUCCUUAGAAAGGGCUACAUAUGAGGCUUUUCCUUCUGACUUCCAGAAGUAUAAUCAGAAAAUGAGAAAAUUAGAAUUCAACAUCAAGAAUAGCCCUGUAUUGCGCAGGCGACUGAUGAACAAGGAACUUGACCCUCCAGUUCUUUUAACAAUGUCUCCUGAUGAACUAAAGGCUGGAUCGACACCAGCAGAGAAAACAUCUGAACCCGAAGAAUCAAGGCGACUGCAGAUGACUGAUGCACGAUGCGAAAGAUGCACAGAAAAGAAAGUAGGCAUUGCUGAUAUUAUUCAUGCUGGUCAUGGAGAUCGAUAUCAGCUCGAGUGCAUUUCCUGUGGCCACACGUGGUUUUCGUCAAGAGAUGCAAUAUCAUCGCUGACAGUUGAUGCUCCAAGUACUGGUGGGAAUGUAGGCACCGCUCCAUGGGCAACUGCAAAGUUUGAUGUCCUCCAGAAGCAGCUAGCGAGCCCGCGCGAUCAGCCAGACAAGCAGCCAGGUACUGAUGCCCUCCAGAAGAGCACGGUUGCAGCCAUGCCUAAACUCGAGAAGCAGAAAUCAUUCAUCAGGCCGAAGCCGGAUGAACCCUCUUCCAUGUCUACUACACUACAGAAGCAGAAAUCGUUCACCAGACCGAAAUUGGAGGAACCCGCGGCACCUUCAACUAGUCAUGAGUGAAAGUCGGAUGCGCGUUAGGACAGGGAACUUUGUGUUGGUGUUCAGCCUCUACUGCUGCUCCAGCUUUUUCAGUGUUGUGCACGUAGCCGUUCCUUGGGAAUGAGUUGGCAUUGCUAGUUUGGCUGGAACAUUUCUGACAAAAAUAUUUCUUCAGUUGUCAAUAGGAGAAAGAGAUAGAGAAACGUCAUGCAGUUUUUUAGCCUUAUUGCUAACAUUCUCAAUUUUACCAAUAAAGUUUUGGUGCCUCACUUGAGAAACAAGUA